UGCAUUGAGUAACAGACAUCCUAAGAGGGGAUAUUCUCCACCUCUAUAAUGAAGAAGAGCAGGAGUGUGAUGACAGUGACGGCCGAUGACAAUGUUAAAGAUUAUUUUGAAUGUAGCUUGAGUAAAUCCUACAGUUCUUCCAGUAACACACUUGGGAUCGACCUCUGGAGAGGGAGAAGGUGUUGCUCAGGAAACUUACAGUUACCACCACUGUCCCAAAGACAGGGUGAAAGGGCAAGGACCCCCGAGGGAGAUGGCAUCUCCAGGCCGACCACGCUACCUUUGACCACGCUUCCAAGCAUUGCUAUUACAACUGUAAGCCAGGAGUGCUUUGAUGUGGAAAAUGGCCCUUCCCCAGGUCGGAGCCCACUGGACCCCCAGGCAAGCUCUUCCUCUGGGCUGGUGCUUCACGCCACCUUUCCCGGGCAUAGCCAGCGCAGAGAGUCCUUUCUCUACAGAUCAGACAGCGACUAUGACCUGUCACCAAAGGCGAUGUCGAGAAAUUCUUCACUUCCAAGCGAGCAACAUGGCGAUGACUUGAUUGUAACUCCUUUUGCCCAGGUACUUGCCAGUUUGCGAAGUGUGAGAAACAACUUCAUGGUACUGACAAACCUUCAUGGAACAUCCAACAAGAGGUCCCCAGCUGCUAGUCAGCCUCCUGUCUCCAGAGUCAACCUGCAAGAAGAACCUUAUCAAAAAUUAGCAAUGGAAACACUGGAGGAAUUGGACUGGUGUUUAGACCAGUUAGAGACCAUACAGACCUACCGUUCUGUCAGCGAGAUGGCUUCUAACAAGUUCAAAAGAAUGCUGAACCGGGAGCUGACACACCUCUCAGAGAUGAGCCGAUCAGGGAACCAGGUGUCGGAAUACAUUUCAAAUACUUUCUUAGACAAGCAGAACGAUGUGGAGAUUCCAUCUCCCACCCAGAAAGACAGGGAGAAAAAGAAAAAGCAGCAGCUCAUGACACAAAUAAGUGGAGUGAAAAAACUGAUGCAUAGUUCAAGCUUGAACAAUACAAGCAUCUCACGCUUUGGAGUCAACACAGAAAAUGAAGAUCACCUGGCCAAGGAACUGGAAGACCUGAACAAAUGGGGCCUUAACAUCUUCAAUGUGGCUGGAUAUUCACACAAUAGGCCCCUAACAUGCAUCAUGUACGCUAUAUUCCAGGAAAGAGACCUCCUAAAGACCUUCAAAAUCUCAUCUGACACAUUUGUAACCUACAUGAUGACUUUAGAAGACCAUUACCACUCGGACGUGGCCUAUCAUAACAGCCUGCAUGCUGCUGACGUAGCCCAGUCAACCCAUGUUCUUCUCUCGACGCCAGCACUAGAUGCUGUCUUCACAGAUUUGGAAAUCCUGGCUGCCAUUUUUGCAGCUGCCAUCCAUGACGUUGAUCAUCCUGGAGUCUCCAAUCAGUUUCUCAUCAACACAAAUUCAGAACUUGCUUUGAUGUAUAAUGAUGAAUCUGUGUUGGAAAACCAUCACCUUGCUGUGGGUUUCAAACUACUGCAAGAAGAACACUGUGACAUCUUCCAGAAUCUCACCAAGAAGCAGCGUCAGACACUCAGGAAAAUGGUUAUUGACAUGGUGUUAGCAACUGAUAUGUCCAAACAUAUGAGCCUGCUUGCAGACCUGAAGACAAUGGUAGAAACAAAGAAAGUUACAAGUUCAGGCGUUCUUCUCCUGGACAACUAUACUGAUCGUAUACAGGUCCUUCGCAACAUGGUACACUGUGCAGACCUGAGCAACCCCACCAAGUCUUUGGAAUUGUAUCGGCAGUGGACAGACCGCAUCAUGGAGGAAUUUUUCCAGCAGGGAGACAAAGAGCGGGAGAGGGGAAUGGAGAUUAGCCCAAUGUGUGAUAAACACACAGCUUCGGUGGAAAAAUCCCAGGUUGGUUUUAUUGACUACAUUGUCCACCCACUGUGGGAGACCUGGGCAGAUCUGGUGCAGCCCGAUGCUCAGGACAUUCUGGAUACAUUAGAAGAUAACAGGAACUGGUAUCAGAGCAUGAUACCCCAGAGUCCCUCCCCACCACUGGAUGAACAGAACAGAGACUGCCAGGGUCUGAUAGAAAAGUUCCAGUUUGAACUGACCCUUGAAGAGGAGGAUUCUGAAGGACCUGAAAAGGAAGGAGAGGGCCACAACUAUUUCAGCAGCACAAAGACCCUUUGUGUGAUCGAUCCAGAAAAUAAGGAUUCCCUGGAAGAGACUGACAUAGACACUGUGACAGAAGACAAGUCCCCGGUCGACACAUAAUCUCCCUCUCCAUGUGGAGAUGAACAUUCCGCCUUGACAAGCAUGCCAGCUGUGUGGUAGGGCCAGCCCACCACGAAGGCUGACUUCUGCACGGGACAAAGGCUACCUGGCCUUUCCAGUUACUUGAGUUUGGAGCCAGAAUGCAAGACCAUGAAGCAAAUAACAGCUCAGGAAAUUCCACGGUUGACUUGCCUUGCUUGCAAGCUUGAUAGAGAGCUGACGCUCUAUGUGGUACUGGAGGCCAGUUUCGAUCACAGCUAAGUGGCUUGAAAACGGAAGACACAAAACUGAGAGAUUUUUCUGCACUAAGUUUCGGGGAUCCUG